AUGUCCGAUGAUCAUUUUGAAGCAAUGCAGCAACAGCAACAGCAACAGCAACAGCAACAGCAACAGCAACAGCAACAGCAACAGCAACAACAAUCGCAAUCACAGGUGCCUCUGCAGCAAGUAGCAAGCGCAGUAGCUGAGUCGAGUGGGACAGUGAUCCCACUGCCACCUUCUGCUACUAUCGAAACUUCUUCAGAACCACCAAGAACUUUGUGGAUGGGUGACUUGGAUCCAACUUUUGAUGAGGCCACCAUUCAGCAAAUAUGGCAGCAGCUGAAUAAGACGGUUUUCGUGAAACUAAUAAGGGCAAAGAAGAAUCUGUUGAUUCCCUGUAGCUCGACGGCUGCUGCCACAAAUACAACUUCCACUGCCACCACCUCCUCUUCUCCGACCAACACAAACUCAAACGAAUCUCCCUCAUCUCUAGCGGCAGCACAAUUAUCGCGUUCCGGAUCUGCUGUCAAUGAUAAUAGUGGAACAGGUGGCUCUGAACAUGAUGUUUUGGAAAAUGCUCAAAAAAUCAACAUCAAUGGUGUGUCUUUUAUUGAUCCAGCUACGACCCCGCUACAUCAUGCCGGUUAUUGUUUCGUGGAAUUUGAAACUCAAAAUGAUGCUCAAUAUGCUUUAUCCUUAAAUUCUACACCAUUGCCCAACAUUAAAUCAGACUCUACUAAUAUGCUGACGAAUGGAUCAGGUCAGAGGAACUUUAGACUGAAUUGGGCAUCCGGGGCGACAUUACAAAGCUCUAUUCCAUCAAGACCCGAAUUUUCAUUGUUCGUCGGUGACUUAUCACCCACAGCUACAGAGGCUGACCUACUAUCAUUAUUUCAACAGAAAUUUAGAUCAGUUAAAACAGUUCGUGUGAUGACUGAUCCAAUCACUGGGGCUUCUCGUUGUUUUGGAUUUGUUAGAUUUGGAAACGAAGAAGAGCGUCGAAGAGCACUUAUCGAAAUGAAUGGUGUUUGGUGUCAAGGAAGAUGCUUACGAGUUGCUUACGCUACUCCAAGGAAUAAUAUGAUGUGGCAUGUACAAUCGCAGCAACAAUCACAACAAUCACAACAGAUACCAGCUAUGUCACAGCCGCAGCUACAACAACAUCAAAAGUCACUACUACUACAACAACAACAACAACAACAGCAACAGCAACAUCAACAACAGCGUCAUCAAGCAUCGCUACAGCAAACUCCUUUAUUAGUCAAAACAGCCAAUAAUUUAAUGACAGCUGGUGGAGGAGCAAUGAAUCCUGGAAAUUUAAUUUCAAUCCCUAUGAGUCAAAAGCCUUCAACUUCAUCAAUAUCCUCAAAUAGUACCAUUAACAGUGUGAGCAAUCCUGAAUUUUCAUCCACUCAAACAUACACAACGGAUCCCAACAAUACGACAGUCUUUAUUGGAGGAUUAACCCCGAAAAUCAAUGAGGCACAACUGCAAGCAUUAUUUUCACCGUUUGGUAACAUAAUAACAGUAAAAAUUCCACAAGGAAAAAACUGUGGAUUUGUGAAAUACGAAAAUAGGAUUGAUGCUGAAGCUGCAAUUCAGGGCAUGCAGGGAUUCAUAGUUGGUGGUAAUCCUAUAAGAUUGUCAUGGGGGCGUAAUACAUCAUCGAACCAAUCAUCAAAUGGAAGUGGAUCAAGUAAUAAUCAUAAUAAUGGUCUGCAGUUACCAUCUCAUCAAUAUAUUCCACAAGUAAAUUAUGGAGCGUAUCAAUAUGUUCCAAUGGGCCAUACAACAUCAACCUCAUCAAUAUCUUCACAACCAAUGGAUAUGUAUCAAAAAAUCAAUGCCAAUCCGUUAAUGCUUCAACAGUCACAAAAUAUGCCUCCACAACAACUCUGGAACAAUAAUGUAUCAUGGAAUAAUGUCGUUGGCAGUAACAUGUAUGGCGAAACGGGUCAAAUGAUAAAUCAGCAAAUGAUGCAAAAUAUGCAGCAACAACACGAGCAGCAACAACAAGAACUACAUCAACAGCAGCAACAACCACAGCAGCAUCAACAACAUCAACCACAGCAGCAAAGUUAUUAUAGGUCACCAAAUGGGCAAUAUUCUAUGAUCUCGGACGCCAGCACUGGUAACAGCUACGGUGGUGGAAUGAAUUUCAACAAUUCAACGAAGAACUCGAGAGAUAUUCCACCAAUUCACCCUUCCGUAUUACGUUAG